GCCCGGCCCCCGCCCGCCCGCCUCCCUCUCUCCCGCCGCCGGGGGGGGCGGCGGCGGCGGCGGCGCCGACCAUGACCUCGAUCCACUUCGUGGUGCACCCGCUGCCGGGCACCGAGGAUCAGCUCAAUGACCGGCUAAGGGAAGUAUCAGAGAAGCUGAACAAAUAUAAUUUAAACAGCCACCCCCCUCUGAAUGUAUUGGAACAGGCUACUAUUAAACAGUGUGUGGUGGGACCAAAUCAUGCUGCAUUUCUUCUUGAGGAUGGUAGAGUCUGCAGGAUUGGUUUUUCAGUUCAGCCAGACAGAUUGGAAUUGGGUAAACCUGAUAAUAGCGAUGGUUCAAAGUUGAGCAGUGGCUCAGGGGCAGGAAGGACAUCCAGGCCAGGCAGGACUAGUGACUCCCCAUGGUUUCUGUCUGGUUCUGAAACUCUGGGCAGACUGGCAGGCAACACCCUUGGGAGCCGCUGGAGUUCAGGGGUUGGUGGAAGUGGAGGAGGAUCUUCAGGGAGGUCAUCUGCUGGAGCUCGAGAUUCUCGAAGGCAGACCAGAGUUAUACGCACAGGGAGAGACAGAGGAUCCGGUCUGCUGGGGAGUCAGCCACAACCUGUGAUUCCAGCAUCAGUCAUUCCAGAGGAACUCAUUUCACAGGCACAAGUUGUUUUACAAGGAAAGUCCAGAAGUAUUAUCAUUCGGGAACUCCAGCGAACAAAUCUUGAUGUAAAUCUUGCUGUAAAUAAUUUGUUAAGUCGGGAUGAUGAAGAUGGAGAUGAUGGGGAUGACACAGCAAGUGAAUCAUACCUUCCUGGAGAGGAUCUUAUGUCUCUUCUGGAUGCUGACAUACAUUCUGCUCACCCAAGUGUCAUUAUUGAUGCUGAUGCUAUGUUUUCAGAAGAUAUUAGUUACUUUGGUUAUCCAUCCUUUCGGCGCUCAUCACUUUCCAGGCUAGGCUCAUCCAGAGUUCUCCUUCUUCCCUUAGAGAGAGACUCUGAGCUGUUGCGUGAACGUGAGUCCGUUUUACGUUUGCGUGAACGAAGGUGGCUUGAUGGAGCCUCAUUUGAUAAUGAAAGAGGCUCUACAAGUAAGGAGGGGGAACCAAACCUGGACAAGAAGAAUGCACCUGUUCAAAGUCCUGUUUCUCUAGGAGAAGACUUGCAAUGGUGGCCAGAUAAGGAUGGAACAAAAUUUAUCUCUAUUGGAGCCCUAUAUUCUGAGCUUGUGGCAGUUAAUAGUAAAGGAGAGCUCUAUCAAUGGAAGUGGAGCGAAUCGGAGCCUUAUAGAAAUGCACAGAAUCCUUCCCUCCACCACCCACGCGCCAUGUUCUUGGGAUUAACCAAUGAAAAGAUUGUCCUCCUUUCUGCAAAUAGUAUUAGAGCAACUGUUGCCACUGAAAAUAACAAGGUUGCUACCUGGGUGGAUGAAACUUUAAGCUCAGUAGCAUCUAAAUUAGAACACACUGCACAGACAUACUCAGAGCUUCAGGGAGAACGGAUUGUUUCCUUACACUGUUGUGCUCUUUAUACAUGUGCUCAGCUAGAGAAUAACUUGUACUGGUGGGGUGUAGUUCCUUUCAGCCAAAGGAAGAAAAUGCUAGAAAAGGCCAGAGCAAAAAAUAAGAAGCCCAAGUCCAGUGCUGGUAUUUCUUCCAUGCCAAAUAUAACUGUUGGAACCCAGGUAUGCUUAAGAAAUAACCCCCUGUACCAUGCUGGAGCUGUUGCUUUUUCAAUCAGUGCUGGAAUUCCGAAAGUGGGUGUGUUAAUGGAAUCUGUUUGGAACAUGAAUGACAGCUGUCGAUUUCAGCUUCGGUCACCAGAGAGCUUGAAAAAUAUGGAGAAAGCUAGCAAGACUACAGAGGCCAAGCCUGAAAAUAAACAGGAACCAGUGAAAACUGAGAUGGGUCCUCCGCCUUCCCCAGCUUCCACUUGCAGUGAUGCAUCUUCAAUAGCAAGCAGUGCAUCGAUGCCAUAUAAGCGACGACGAUCAACUCCUGCUCCAAAAGAGGAGGAGAAAGUGAAUGAGGAGCAGUGGUCUCUGAGGGAAGUUGUGUUUGUGGAAGACGUUAAGAAUGUUCCUGUUGGCAAGGUGCUAAAAGUGGAUGGUGCUUAUGUUGCUGUCAAAUUUCCAGGCACCUCCAGUAAUGCAAAUUGUCAGAGCAGUUCUAAUUCAGAUCCAGAUCCCUCCUCUCUUCUCCAGGAUUGCAGGCUGCUCAGGAUAGAUGAACUACAGGUUGUGAAAACUGGGGGAACUCCGAAAGUUCCAGACUGUUUUCAAAGGACACCUAAAAAGCUGUGUAUUCCUGAAAAAACAGAGAUUCUAGCAGUAAAUGUAGAUUCAAAAGGAGUUCAUGCUGUCCUGAAAACUGGGAAUUGGGUUCGAUACUGCAUAUUUGACCUCGCUACUGGAAAGGCUGAACAGGAAAACAACUUCCCUACUAGCAGCAUUGCAUUCCUGGGUCAGAACGAGAGAAGUGUUGCUAUUUUUACAGCUGGACAGGAAUCUCCUAUUAUUCUUAGAGAUGGAAAUGGUACAAUCUAUCCAAUGGCAAAAGACUGUAUGGGCGGGAUACGAGACCCUGACUGGCUUGAUCUUCCACCUAUUAGUAGUCUCGGAAUGGGUGUUCAUUCCUUAACAAAUCUUCCUGCCAACUCAACCAUCAAAAAGAAAGCUGCAAUUAUUAUUAUGGCUGUUGAGAAACAAACCUUAAUGCAACACAUUCUCCGAUGUGACUUUGAGGCUUGCAGACAAUACCUGAUGAAUCUUGAACAAGCAGUUGUCUUGGAUCAGAACCCACAAGUGCUGCAGACAUUCCUUGGCCACAGAUGUGAUGGAAACCGCAAUAUUCUGCAUGCUUGUGUGUCUGUAUGCUUUCCAACCAGCAACAAAGAAACAAAAGAGGAAGAGGAAGCAGAGCGCUCUGAAAGGAAUACAUUUGCUGAAAGGCUCUCAGCUGUGGAAGCAAUUGCAAAUGCAAUUUCAGUUGUGUCAAGUAAUGGCCCAGGAAGUCGAGCAGGAUCAUCAAGUAGCAGAAGUCUGAGGUUAAGAGAAAUGAUGAGAAGAUCCUUGAGAGCUGCUGGACUGGGCAGACAGGAAGCUGGUGCUUCAUCGAGUGAUCACCAGGACCCAGUUUCUCCACCAAUAGCUCCUCCCAGCUGGGUUCCAGAUCCUCCUGCGAUAGAUACAGAUGGUGACAUUGAUUUUAUCCUGGCCCCCGCUGUGGGAUCUCUUACCACAGCAGCGACCGGCACCGGCCAAGGACCGAGCACCUCCACGAUACCAGGGCCUUCUACUGAACCAUCUGUAGUGGAAUCAAAAGAUCGGAAGGCAAAUGCUCAUUUCAUACUGAAAUUACUGUGUGAUAGUGUUGUUUUACAACCUUAUCUUCGAGAACUGCUCUCAGCCAAGGAUGCAAGAGGCAUGACACCAUUCAUGUCGGCAGUUAGUGGCCGGGCAUACCCUGCUGCAAUUACAAUUCUAGAAACUGCACAGAAAAUUGCUAAAGCUGAAGCAACUUCAAGUGAAAAAGAAGAUGAUGUAUUUAUGGGAAUGGUUUGUCCUUCUGGUACAAAUCCAGAUGACUCUCCUUUGUAUGUUUUGUGUUGUAAUGAUACAUGCAGUUUUACCUGGACUGGUGCAGAGCAUAUUAACCAAGAUAUAUUUGAAUGCCGAACAUGUGGUCUAUUAGAAUCUCUUUGCUGUUGCACAGAGUGUGCAAGAGUGUGUCACAAAGGACACGACUGCAAACUGAAGCGAACAUCACCCACAGCUUACUGUGAUUGCUGGGAGAAGUGCAAGUGUAAAACACUAAUUGCAGGACAGAAGUCUGCUCGCCUUGAUCUCCUUUAUCGUCUGCUUACCACCACAAAUCUUGUAACUAUGCCAAACAGCAGGGGAGAACAUCUUCUGCUGUUUUUAGUACAGACAGUUGCCAGGCAAACUGUGGAACACUGCCAAUACAGACCACCUAGAAUUAGGGAAGAUCGCAAUCGUAAAACUGCAAAUCCUGAGGAUUCUGAUAUGCCUGAUCACGAUUUAGAACCUCCUCGAUUUGCCCAGCUUGCUUUGGAACGUGUUUUGCAAGACUGGAAUGCACUGAAAUCUAUGAUAAUGUUUGGCUCCCAAGAAAAUAAAGACCCUCUUAGUGCAAGCAGUAGGAUAGGCCAUCUUUUGCCUGAAGAACAAGUUUACCUCAACCAGCAGAGUGGGACUAUUCGCUUGGACUGUUUUACACACUGCCUUAUUGUUAAGUGCACAGCUGACAUUUUGCUCUUAGAUACUCUACUGGGUACUCUUGUAAAAGAAUUACAAAACAAGUAUACACCAGGACGCAGAGAAGAAGCUAUUGCUGUUACAAUGAGAUUCCUGCGCUCUGUGGCAAGGGUAUUUGUCAUUCUUAGUGUCGAAAUGGCUUCUUCCAAAAAGAAAAACAAUUUUAUCCCACAGCCAAUUGGAAAAUGUAAACGUGUAUUCCAGGCAUUAUUGCCUUAUGCUGUUGAAGAGUUGUGUAAUGUAGCAGAAUCUCUAAUUAUUCCAGUCAGGAUGGGAAUUGCACGUCCUACGGCUCCCUUUACUCUAGCUAGCACUAGUAUAGAUGCCAUGCAGGGAAGUGAAGAACUGUUUUCCGUGGAGCCUCUACCACCAAGACCAUCAUCUGACCAGUCUAGCAGUUCUAGCCAGUCUCAGUCAUCCUACAUCAUAAGGAAUCCUCAGCAAAGACGAAUCAGCCAGUCGCAACCAGUUCGUGGCAGGGAUGAAGAACAAGAUGAUAUAGUUUCAGCAGAUGUGGAAGAGGUUGAGGUUGUUGAGGGGGUAGCUGGUGAGGAAGACCAUCACGAUGAGCAGGAAGAACAUGGUGAAGAAAAUGCUGAAGCAGAAGGGCAGCAUGAUGAGCAUGAUGAAGAUGGCAGUGAUAUGGAGUUGGAUUUGCUAGCUGCUGCUGAAACAGAAAGUGACAGUGAGAGUAACCACAGUAAUCAGGACAAUGCUAGUGGGCGCAGAAGUGUUGUCACUGCAGCUACUGCUGGGUCAGAAGCAGGAGCUAGCAGUGUUCCAGCAUUUUUUUCUGAAGAUGACUCUCAAUCAAAUGAUUCUAGUGACUCGGAUAGCAGCAGCAGUCAGAGUGAUGACAUGGAACAGGAGACCUUCAUGCUUGAUGAGCCUCUGGAACGAACCACAAAUAGCUCACAUGCCACUGGUGCUGCCCAGGCACCCCGUUCGAUGCAGUGGGCUGUACGUAAUACCCAGAACCAGAGAACCACUAGCACUGCUCCUUCCAGCACAUCAACCCCAGCAGCGAGUUCAGCAGGCUUGAUUUACAUUGAUCCAUCAAACCUACGCCGGAGUGGUACCAUCAGUACGAGCGCUGCAGCAGCAGCUGCAGCACUUGAAGCCAGCAAUGCAAGCAGCUAUUUAACUUCUGCAAGCAGUUUAGCACGAGCAUACAGUAUAGUGAUACGACAGAUAUCUGACCUAAUGGGGCUCAUUCCCAAGUACAAUCACUUAGUGUACUCCCAGAUCCCAGCUGCAGUGAAGCUGACUUAUCAAGAUGCAGUUAACUUGCAGAAUUAUGUAGAAGAAAAGCUUAUUCCUACUUGGAAUUGGAUGGUUAGUAUAAUGGACUCCACAGAAGCUCAGCUGCGUUAUGGUUCUGCAUUAGCAUCUGCUGGUGAUCCUGGGCAUCCAAAUCAUCCUCUCCAUGCUUCUCAGAACUCAGCUAGAAGGGAAAGGAUGACAGCCCGGGAGGAAGCCAGCUUAAGAACACUUGAGGGAAGAAGACGUGCUACUUUACUCAGUGCCCGUCAGGGAAUGAUGUCAGCACGUGGUGAUUUCCUAAACUACGCGCUGUCUUUGAUGCGUUCUCACAAUGAUGAGCACUCAGAUGUUCUCCCUGUUCUCGAUGUCUGUUCGUUAAAGCACGUAGCCUAUGUUUUUCAAGCGCUUAUUUAUUGGAUUAAAGCGAUGAAUCAACAGACAACAUUGGAUACUCCUCAGCUGGAACGGAAAAGAACUCGAGAGCUUUUGGAACUGGGUCUUGACAAUGAAGAUUCAGAACAUGAGAACGAUGACGACACCAAUCAAAGUGCUGCACUCAAUGACAAAGAUGACGACUCCCUUCCAGCAGAGACUGGCCAAAAUCAUCCAUUUUUCAGACGGUCAGACUCGAUGACAUUCCUUGGCUGCAUUCCACCCAAUCCUUUUGAAGUUCCUCUGGCAGAAGCCAUUCCCUUGGCAGACCAGCCCCACUUACUACAGCCAAAUGCUCGCAAAGAAGAUCUGUUUGGUCGACCAAGCCAGGGUCUGUAUUCAUCUUCUGCCAACAGUGGGAAGUGCUUAAUGGAAGUUACAGUGGAUAGAAACUGCCUCGAGGUUCUUCCAACGAAAAUGUCUUAUGCAGCCAACUUAAAAAAUGUUAUGAGCAUGCAAAAUCGGCAGAAGAGAGAAGGAGAAGAACAAAAUGUGCCUACAGAAGAAUCUGAGAGUUCAAAACCAGGGCCUUCAGCUCAUGACCUUGCAGCACAACUGAAAAGCAGCUUGUUGGCAGAGAUAGGACUGACAGAAAGCGAAGGGCCACCUCUCACAUCUUUCAGACCACAGUGUAGCUUCAUGGGCAUGGUCAUAUCUCAUGACAUGUUGCUGGGACGUUGGCGUCUUUCUUUAGAGUUGUUUGGUAGAGUAUUCAUGGAAGAUGUUGGAGCAGAGCCUGGAUCGAUCCUGACUGAACUGGGUGGCUUUGAAGUGAAGGAAUCAAAGUUCCGCAGAGAGAUGGAAAAACUUAGAAACCAGCAAUCCCGGGAUUUAACGUUGGAGGUUGAUCGAGACAGAGAUCUUCUAAUUCAGCAGACCAUGAGGCAGCUCAACAAUCAUUUUGGUCGCAGGUGUGCCACCACUCCGAUGGCUGUCCACAGAGUGAAAGUUACUUUUAAAGAUGAGCCUGGAGAAGGCAGCGGUGUAGCACGGAGCUUUUAUACUGCCAUUGCACAGGCUUUUCUGUCAAAUGAGAAACUGCCAAAUCUAGAUUGUAUUCAGAAUGCCAACAAGGGUACCCAUACAAGUCUGAUGCAGAGAUUGCGAAACAGGGGGGAGAGAGAUCGAGAGAGGGAGCGUGAGAGAGAAAUGCGCAGAAGUAGUGGCUUAAGAGCUGGUUCUCGGAGAGACAGGGAUAGGGACUUUAGAAGACAACUUUCCAUUGACACAAGGCCUUUUAGACCAGCUUCAGAAGGAAAUCCUAGUGAUGAUCCUGAUCCACUUCCUGCACACAGACAGGCGCUUGGAGAAAGGCUCUACCCUCGAGUGCAAGCAAUGCAACCAGCGUUUGCAAGUAAGAUCACAGGAAUGUUGUUGGAAUUGUCCCCUGCUCAGCUGCUUCUGUUACUAGCUAGUGAAGAUUCCCUUAGAGCAAGAGUUGAUGAAGCGAUGGAACUCAUUAUUGCACAUGGCAGGGAGAAUGGUGCUGACAGUAUAUUGGAUCUUGGAUUGCUAGACUCUUCAGAUAAAGUGCAGGAGAAUAGAAAGAGACAUGGUUCCAGCCGUAGUGUAGUGGAUAUGGAAUUAGAUGAUACGGAUGAUGGGGAUGAUAAUGCACCACUCUUCUACCAACCUGGAAAACGAGGUUUUUAUACACCAAGACCUGGUAAAAACACAGAAGCGAGGCUGAAUUGCUUCAGAAAUAUUGGCAGAAUCUUAGGAUUGUGCCUGUUGCAGAAUGAGUUGUGUCCUAUCACAUUGAAUAGACAUGUAAUCAAAGUUCUUCUUGGUAGAAAGGUGAACUGGCAUGACUUUGCUUUUUUUGAUCCGGUUAUGUAUGAAAGCCUUCGGCAACUUAUACUUGCUUCCCAAAGUACAGAUGCUGAUGCAGUGUUUGCAGCAAUGGAUUUAGCAUUUGCAAUAGACCUCUGCAAGGAGGAGGGUGGAGGGCAGGUUGAACUUAUUUCCAAUGGUGUAAAUAUACCAGUCACUCCUCAGAAUGUUUAUGAAUACGUCCGGAAAUAUGCAGAACACCGAAUGUUGGUAGUGGCAGAACAGCCUCUGCAUGCAAUGAGGAAGGGUCUUCUGGAUGUACUUCCAAAGAAUUCAUUAGAAGAUUUGACAGCAGAAGAUUUCAGACUUUUGGUAAAUGGCUGUGGUGAAGUAAAUGUGCAAAUGCUUAUCAGCUUUACCUCUUUCAAUGAUGAGUCAGGAGAAAAUGCUGAGAAGCUUUUGCAGUUCAAGCGUUGGUUUUGGUCCAUAGUUGAGAAGAUGAGUAUGACAGAAAGACAAGAUCUGGUUUACUUCUGGACAUCAAGUCCAUCAUUGCCAGCCAGUGAGGAGGGAUUCCAGCCCAUGCCAUCAAUCACAAUAAGACCACCAGAUGACCAACACCUUCCUACAGCAAACACUUGCAUUUCUCGCCUUUAUGUCCCACUCUAUUCCUCUAAGCAGAUUUUGAAACAGAAGUUGUUACUCGCCAUUAAGACCAAGAAUUUUGGUUUUGUGUAGAGUAUAAAAAGUGUGUAUUGCUGUGUAAUAUUACUAGCUAAGUUUUGUAGAUUUUUCCAUUUGUCUAUAAAAGUUUAUGAAAGCUAAUGCUGUCAUACCCCUGGUGGUACUUUAAAGAUUUAAAUGCAAACAUUCCUGUACUAAAUUUGUAAUGUAAAGGCCUAAGGAGCACUGGCAAUAUCUGAUUGCAACAGUUUGCUAGUCAAUAACUCCUUGGACUAACCCCAGCCAAAGAUGACAGCAGAACAAUAUAAUUUACACUGUGAUUUAUCUUUUUGCUGAGGGAAAAUAUGUAAAAUGUUCUGAAAAUUCACUGCUGCCUUUGUGGAAAGUGUUUCAGCAAAGGUUCUUGUAUAGAGGGAGUAGGGAAUUUCAAAAUAAAAAAUUAAGUAUGUUCUGUGGUUUAUUUUAACUUUUUUAUGGUGUUUAAUUUGUGGUUGGCUGCGGUUGUGUACCCUGUAUAUUGAACUUGUAAAAAAAAAAAGAAAAAAAGAAAAAAAGAAAAAAAAAAAAAGGAAAAAAAAGAAAAAGUUCCUGACAGCUCAGAUCCCAGAGUUGUGAUCGUUCACUUAUGAAACCACUUUCAUUGCAAUUUUUGCUCUAGCUGCAUUGAACUCUGGCACAUCAGAUGCCACCACUAAUAUUCUGCAUGUAAUCUGUACCUCCAGUGUUUUGGGUUUUUUUUGUACAUAUGCUGAGGCCAAUGCACAGUAUUUCAUAGUUCACAAUCAACAUUUUGUAUCCCUUUUUCAGUGAACAGACAGUCAGGAGAUUGUUCCACUACCAGUUCUAACCCAACACUUGUACUACAUUGUCUAACUAUGUAAACUCAGCCUGGGCACUUUCUGGUAACUGUAAAAUGUUUAUAAGAUCAUGAUUAUUGAAGAUACUUUUUUGGAAGACUUUAAUGUUCGUGAGCAGCUUAACUUCUUUUGUAUCUAGCCUUUUUUUAAGUAUCUUGUUACAGUUUUUUAAUAAAGAAAUUACAGACAAAAUACCAAGUCAUACUGAAGAAACAAUAGUUUUUAUUUAUUUAGCCAUUUAUAUUUUAGCUAACAGCAUGCACCAAGCACAGUUGUUCAUCAAAAUCUGAAUUUUGUAACUGAAAAAUUGACAUGCAGAAGAUAUUCAACCCGCAUUUUACAGUUAGCAGAGAAUCUUGAAUCAAAUGGGCCAGGCAACCCCUUCUUCUGACAGUAUUGGUUUGAAGGGAAGGUGGCUUGUUCUGAAAAAUCUCAAGGUUAUUAGUUUAGAAUAAAGGUUUCAAACUGUGUUGUAGUGGGUUCUACUGUAUUUUGACUCUUGAAGUGGUUGCUUUGGGGAGGGCAGUCAUUGAACAUGGCCUAGGUCUUGGUUUUCCCAAUGCAUGCAUGUCUUUGGAGACUUGGGGUGAUAACUAAAGGCAAGAGCUGCUUUUUUUCUGUAUCAUAGAUUUCUGAAAUCUUAGUGGACUGAAGAAUUGAAGCUUAAGGGCUUACAGGGCUCCUUCCUGCUUUUCCAAUGCCAUGAGUCUGUUAGUAAGUUUUUUGUUUUGUUUUGUUUUGCUGGACAGAGUUAAUUGAUGUUUCAUUAAAAUCUGAGUGGAAAUCAAUUUUGCAGUUCCACUAGAUUUUGCAGUUUCCUUUCUGUCAGCUAGUUGAGGAUGGCCAGAAGUUACCUAUGUCUGUGGUUGGGUUUUUUGGUUUUUGUUUUUGUUUUUUUUUUUUAGUUUUCAUUAUUCAGUACCUGCAGAUGUGGAACAUGGUUGAGAUCAGAAGUUACAAUCAUCAGUUGCCAAACAUGCUGAAAAUCUUAUUUACUAGGUAAAACUGGCUGUUUCAGGCUUAUGUAGUUACUCUGCAGAUAGAUCAAUACACAGAUGUCAGUAAAUACAGAAAUAAUUCUACACUUUCUAAAUCACCCAUUCUAGAAGAGAACUGUUUCAGUGUGUGGGGAUUGGAGUCUGUUCUGGAUUUUUUGUGAUCUUCAGUGUAUCUUAAAUGCAAAAUUAUAUCUGAUUUCACUAUGCUAAUACUUUUUUUUUUAAAAAAAAGAGAAAUCGCAGUACAGCUACACAAGUCUAAAUUUAAGGGGCAGUAUAGAGGAUAUCUGUACUGACAUGACUGUUCUCAUAUGCUAAGGAAUAUAGCUAGAGAGGUACAAAGCAUUGUGUGUCUUCUGCCUGGGUUUCAAACCAGUAUAAUUAUUUCAUUACCAAAAAUGCCUCUAAUGGGAAUGUUGUGAAGUUGGUAGAAAGCAGGCAUAAACAAAAGCAAACAACAGGGACCUGUUAAGAAUAGGCCUCAGUUCUACAGUCUGUAAAACUAAAGCUCCAUCCCUCACAAAGCUUUGUGAGACUUGAUGUAUUACAAAGUAUUCAAGGUCCUUGGAUAAAAGGCCAUAUAUAAAUGUAAAGUACUGUGUGUAUAUAUAUAUGUAUUGUGUGUAUAUGUAUAUAAGUGUAUGUGUAUGUAUAACAUAUAAAUAUAUGUUAUAUGUAUAUAUAUUUCUGUAUAUAGAUUAAACUUUUUUUAAGUCCUGUAAUGUAUAGCUAGACAAAAAAUAUGCAGAUAACUCAUAGUAGCUCACCAUAUAUACACACAAGGCAUUCUGAUGACAGAAGUGGAGAGGGAAUCUAGUUUGAUUUAUGCUGUGGUCAUUGACUUGAAAUGUGUAUAAAUAGCUUUUUUCCUCUGUAUGGUAUAUUUAAACUAUAUCAAGAUUUUAAUAAGAAAAAAUGUUUAUUAAAAUCAUACACCUCGUC